AUGUUGUUCAAGCAAAAUAUGAUUGUAGUUAUAAAUAAAGGCAGACAUGCAUCUAGAAAGGCAGUUAUUUUAAAAGUAACCGAAGAUCGUUUAUUAUUGGGAGGUAUAUCAAAAAUCCCAACAAAGGUCGAAGAUCACAUGUCAGCAGCUGAAAAGAGAAAAGCUGUUAAACUUCUUACUUUUAUUAAAAAUAUGAAUAUCAGUCAUGUAACCCCAACUAGAUAUGUAAGUGAAUUAGAUUUUAGUAAAAUUCCAGUAGAUGAAGUAGUAAACAAUGUAGUAUCUAGAACCAAUGCUAAAGAAAUAAUGACAAAAGUAUUUGAAGAUUCUUUUAAUAAUGAAAAAGAAAAGCCAGUUAACAAAUUCUUAUUCAGCACUUUAGUAAUUUCUAAAUAA